AUCUUGAAAGCCUGGGAAACGCACAAGAUGCAUCAAAGCAAAAGGUACCAGCUCCAACAGGAGGUUCCCAGGAUCUUACAACAACUCAGCCUCAAACCCUAGAAGUUUCUGGUUCCCUGCAGCAGCCAAAAACAGUGCUGGAAGCAUUGCAGCAAAGGCUCGAGAAGUACAAGUCAGCAGCAGCACAGGCUAAAGCAAGUGGGGAUGAUCGGAAAGGCAGGAUGCACGAGAGGAUAGCCAAGCAAUACCAGGAUGCCAUAAAAGCCCAUAAAGCAGGGAGAAAAGUGAAUUUUUCUGAGCUACCUGUUCCUCCUGGAUUUCCCCCUCUUCCUGGUGUUGCAGCAACAGAUGGCGACGGCACAAUAGCUGCUGUUCUGGAAAGUGCCAGCAAGCUGGCAAAUAUGGAGGAGAAUGAUGAAGAGGAGGAGAAUGAACCUCUGACACAGGCUCCAGUUGCCAAGAAGCCUACUCAGCUGCCUGGAAAGCCAACUCAAGUUGUUAAGCCGAUUACAGUGCCAUCUGCCGUAGCUGAGGAGGAGAGCUCUCCUGAGCCUGUGAAACAAACUUCAUCACCCUCCACCCUGGACAAGGCAGAGUCAAUGGAUCAUCUCCCUCUAGCUGCUAGGGAACAGCUGGAAUUUCUGGAGAGCAGAAAGAAGCAAUACAUGAAGGCAGCCGUCAAAGCAAAGAAGGAAAAUAACCUUGAACAGGCUAAGAUGUAUCUCAGAACAGCUAAGAGCUUUGACCAAAAGAUUGAGCAAGCAAAAUGUGGCAAACCUGUUGAUAUUUCCAAGCUGCCAUCACCCCCUACAGAUGAUGAGGGUGACUUUAUCUUCAUACACCAUGAAGAUGUUAGACUGUCUCAGAAAGCAGAUGAAGUAUAUGCACAGCUCAUAAAAUUGCUGAAGGACCAACAUGAGAGGUGUUUGCAGUAUUCCAAGCAAUUCAUGCAUCUGGGAAAUGUAGCAGAAACAACUCGGUUUGAGAAACUAGCACAAGGUUGUAAAAAGGACAUAGACAUCCUACAGCUUGCACGAGCGCAAGGAAUGGAUCCUCCAAGCCAUCACUUUGAGGAGAGAACCUUUAAAAUGAUAAGGAUAUUUUCUGAGCUCAACAGCACAGAAAUGCAUCUUCUUAUUGUCAGGGGGAUAAACCUCCCAGCUCCGCCAGGUGUAUCACCAGGAGAUCUGGAUGCAUUUGUGAAGUUUGAAUUUCAGUACCCAAGUGCGGAGCAACCUCAAAAGAGUAAAACACCUGUAAUUAACAAUAACAAUUCUCCAGAAUAUAACCAAUUGUUUAAGUUGAACAUCAACCGAAAUCACCGAGGUUUCCGACGAGCAAUUCGGUCCAAAGGAAUUAAAUUUGAAGUAUUUCAUAAAGGGUCCUUUUUCAGAAGUGACAAGCAAGUGGGGACAGCACACUUGAAACUGGAAAAGCUGGAGUCGGAAUGUGAAGUUAGAGAGAUCAUCGAGAUUUUUGAUGGCAGAAAGCCCACUGGAGGGAAACUGGAGGUGAAAGUGAGACUCCGGGAGCCCCUCAGUGGUCAAGAUCUUCAAACAGUUACAGAAAAUUGGCUGGUCCUUGAACAUUAGCUCUGUCUGAG